CAGCAGGUUUGUGAGCGCAGAAGCUGGAGGAGGAAUCAGAGCGAAAGAAACAGUGUGGCUGCAGUGAGGAAGGAGAGACACAUACAGAGAGAGAAGGACAGAGAGAACGGCCUCACCUUUUUGUUGACCCAUGAAAGAAGCCAUGCCGGUCCUCUCAGCAGGCACAGGCCUGCACGAGACUCUGGCCCUGUUGACGUCCCAGCUGCGUCCUGAUGCCAACCACAAGGAGGACAUGGUCUUCCUCAAAGAUGUCUUCAGUGAGAAGAGCCUGGGCUACCUCAUGAAGAUCCAUGAGAAGCUGAGACAGUACGAGCGCCAGAGUCCUACACCUGUCCUUCACAGCGCCGCCUCUUUGGCUGAGGAUGUGGCAGAGGAGCUGCAGAGUGGACCAAUGAGUGUUGAGGAGAAGGAACUCCUACAGCUCUUGACGUCCCCCCAUCUCAAGGCAGUUUUGUCCGUUCAUGACACGGUUGCUCAGAAGAACUUUGACCCCGUGUUGCCACCGCUGCCUGACGACUUCGAGGACGAGCUGGAGGAGGAGUCAGUGAAGAUUGUCAGACUGGUCAAGAACAAGGAACCACUGGGGGCCACCAUCAGACGGGAUGAGACCACAGGGUCUGUGAUCGUGGCCCGCAUCAUGAGGGGCGGGGCUGCAGACCGGAGUGGACUGGUCCAUGUAGGAGACGAGCUACGGGAAGUCAACGGCAUCUCCAUCAUUCACAAAAGACCUGAUGAGAUCAGUCAGCUUCUGUCCCAGUCUCAGGGCUCCAUCACCCUGAAGAUAAUCCCAGCCGUUAAGGAGGAGGACCAUCUGAAGGAGAGCAAGGUCUACAUGAGGGCCCUGUUUGACUACAUCCCUGCUGAUGACAAGGCCACGCCCUGUCAGGAGGCGGGACUUCCCUUCAAGCGAGGUGACAUCCUGCAGGUGGUAACCCAGGACGACCCCACCUGGUGGCAGGCCAAACGGGUGGGCGACAGCAACCUCCGUGCUGGACUCAUUCCCUCCAAACUCUUCCAGGAGAGACGGCUGGCUUACCGGAUAAAAAUGGGCACACUUCCGAACCCUAAAUCCCCUAAAAAUCCGACCUAUGACCAGGGAUGUGACAAAGAGGACUGUGAUUGUGAGGGCUAUUUCAAUGGACAGUACAUAGCUGGUCUGAGGAGGAGUUUCCGUCUGAGCCGAAAGGACCGGUCAGGAUCCCUCGGAGGAGGGGCCACGCGCGACCCCACCGAUCCAGACUUUGCCACCUACGAGGAGGUGACACGCUACCAGCACCGGCCCAACGAAAGACCCCGCCUGGUGGUUCUGAUAGGCUCCCUAGGAGCUCGUAUCAAUGAGCUGAAGCAGAAGGUGAUAGCAGAGAACCCGCAUCGCUAUGCUGUGGCCGUACCGCAUACCACCAGGCCCAAGAAGCCUCAUGAGAAGGAGGGGGUGGAGUACCACUUUGUCACCAAACAGGCGUUUGACGCGGACGCUCUGAGCAACAAGUUCAUAGAGCAUGGGGAGUACAAGGAGAACCAGUAUGGUACCAGUAUAGAGGCCAUCCGCUCUGUACAGGCCAAGAAUAAGAUGUGCCUAGUGGACGUGCAGCCAGAGGCUUUGAAGACGCUGCGGACAUCUGAGUUCAAGCCCUAUGUCAUCUUCGUCAAGCCGCGCGUCCCGGAGAGCAGGCGCCGUCGUAGUGCUGCCACCUCACCAGCAGGGGGAGAUCAUGGGCGAGUGACGGAUGAGGACCUGCAGGAAAUGCGUCAGUCAGCCCAGCAGAUGGACCAGCAGUACGGCCACCUGGUCGACCGGGUCCUAAUAAAGGAGGACUCAGCCAGCGCCUGCACAGAACUCCGAGGCAUUCUGGAGCGGCUGGAGCGUGAGACCUUCUGGGUGCCCCUCUGCUGGGUGCGAACCUAACCCCCCUUUCCCCAACCACCACUCUCCAGAGGGGGGAUCACAGCCCCCAGCCCUUCUUCCAGCAGGAACCCUAUCCUACCCCCUCAUCCCUUUCCUGAUCUCCUGGAUCCCUUACCCUUGGCUCCAUGGGCCAGCUUGUGGGGUGUGGAAGAUACUGCCCCAAAACCUGUCCUGAUACGUGAUGCUGGGCCAGCCGCACACUGGCACUAUGGGAGAAGGGCAUGCGGCAAAACCCUUUGGAACAUUUCUGUGUUUGAGAUGUUCAGAGGGAAAGACUGUUGUCCUGGCUGCCCCCCCCCCCCCCCCUCCCCACACACACACCCGCCCCACCCACACACACACAUGUACAGUACAUGCAAUCCAUUGUUCAAAUUCAGGUUUUUCAGAUCAUUCUUAAGGUUUUUUUUGUAUUAUUUAUGUCACUCAGCCAGUCAAUCAGUCAGCCAGUCAAUCAGUCAGCCAGUCAGACAGACAGACAAACAUACAGACAUCUUAUUGUGGCUCCAUGUGGAGUAUCAUCUGUAGCUUUCUUUGGCCUGCAGUGUUGAGUACUUGAGUUUCCCCUUAACAUAAUAAUACAUGUAUAUGCCAUUUAACACACAUUUUUAUCCAAAGUGACUUCAAGUCAAAAAAUGGAUACAGAAAUCCUGCAGGAAAUCCUACACAAUUCCUUCACAAAGACAACAUGACUGUUUUGUAAGGUUUCCUCACUUAGUGUUUCCUUGCCUAUUUCCGUUGCUCGUUGAUACAAUGCAUUCUGAGGGAGACCUAGCCAUUGUUAUUAUGUUAUUGAAAUGUUAUCCAAAAUCCAAUCCACCUGCUUCCAUUAUACCUGGAGAAUGAGUAUAAAUACAUACAUAGUAUUAUUAACCAACACACUCUGUAAAUAGUACAGUAGGAUAGAUGUAACGGUACAGAAAUAUGGAAUGUGAAAUAGAAUAUUAUUUCAUAAUGCUUUUUUUUUUAUCAAUUAUUUUAUGACUUGGAUGUGUUUUAAGGAAGUGCACGACAGUUGAAUUAUUUAAUCGCAGAUGUAAAUAUUGCACAUGCAAAUCCUACCGUGCCAACGAACGAGCUCAUAGCACUUCAAUGCCACCUGUUGAACUUCGACCCUAAGUGUCUAAUCCGGUCUAAUCUACAGUAGGUGUGAAUUACUUCAGUUCUGAGACACUGGGUGUGUGGAUGUCAUGUACACACACAAGUGCACUAAAACAUGCUAUGCUCCUUUUUGUGUACAUAGGAAUGCCCUUUGUAUAGCUGACAUCAGACACGUUUAAAGAUGCAGGUGCAGUGUGGGUAAUAGGGUUUUGGGGAGGGGGGUGUUCUAUGGUCCAUCUUGACAAUCAGGGUCCUUGUUAAAUUGUUCUGUAUGAGUAUUUAUCUACAGGUGAGGACACUGGGACUAGUGGGAUAUGGACUCAUCCAAGUGUGAUUGUGGGUUGGCCUGCUCCAAGUGUGAUUGUGGGUUGGCCUGCUCCAAGUGUGAUUGUGGGUUGGCCUGCUCCAAGUGUGAUUGUGGGUUCAAGCAGUCAUUAUAAAUACACACAGAUGUGACGUGUUUCUUUUACGUUACCUUGGUGUUUACAGAAACAAUGUUAGAAGCCAGUUCAAGGUUACAAGGUAAUACACAAGAAAGAAACAAUGACUCGCGCUAGUAAAACUGUUGUUACUUGACUGAAGCAGUCAGAAAGGUUUUGUGAAACCCCACCUGUUCUCAGUCUGUAUAUUGGCUCUGUCGCUCUGAGCUACUGGUGAUCUUUGAGUAGAGGCAUCAUAGCUCUGUGCUCUUUCCUUGUGUGUGGGUGUGGGUGGUUUCGUGCGUGUGUGUGUAUGUGUGCGUGGACUUCAAGUCUUGUUUCAUUGUGGAGAACUGAUAAACUAUCAACAGAUCCUCCUUUCCACCAAUUCUAAUCCAGUUCUCUUUUUAACAUGCAAUGUGUUCUUAAUCUUUUACUGUGCUAUGUAAACCAAGAAACCCCGAAUUGUUGACUUUGUAAUGUGACAUGUAUAAAGUGCCAUAGUAAAACCAGAUGAACCAA